AGCCCGGUGUUUGUAAUGACCGAAACCCGCUCCAGUUUUCGGCUUUCCCUCGUCGGGUUUUGUCCCAUUUCACGAAACUUCCUGUCUUGUGCAGUAAUGCACCCCGAGUACUCCGAGGAGGAGCUCAACAAGCUGUACAGCCUGUUCUGCAGGUACGCCACGCCCAACACCAAGAAGGGCCACAUCUCGCUGGACAGCUUCAAGAAGCUCCUCGAGGCCCUGCAGCUCACCCAGACGCACUUGGAGGCCAAGGAGACGUACGACAAGGCAGCCAAGGACGGCAAGCUCUCCCUCGACGAGUUCAUGAAGCUUGUGAAGGACCUCGAGUCGAAAACCGGGAAGAUCAACCUCGACCUGGUGAUCAAGCUGGCGGCGCAGGAGGAGGUUGACGUGGACAACGUGGGCGUGGGCGGCGCCAAGAGGUUCUUCGAGGCCAAGGCGCGCAUCCUCGAAGUAGGAGACGCUGCCUACCGGGCCUUCGAGGACAAGAAGAGAGAGGAGGAGGAGAGGAAGAGGAGACAGGAGGAGUUCAAGAAGAAGAGGGAGCAGUUCCAGCAGGCGGCGUAAGGAUCAAGAGAAACGCGCGGGAGAUAAUGAGUGAAAUCGCGAGCAUGUCGGUCACACACACAGGCCACAAGACACACAAACCCGUACCGUGUAGAAUAUCAACAUCUCUAACAAAAGCGAAACAGGAAGACAUAUUGUAAGGAUUUAAACCCAGCUUCGAAGAGUCAGUUAAAGGAUCUAAGUCAGUGAUGUAUUCAGUAGCGUUAGGAGCAUCUGGAAGGAGAUUCACUCGGAAACUUACCUCAGCUGAAUGGUCCGAUGUAACUUAGUAAUGGCAGUAAAUAUACAGCUUUGACAUAUCCGCUCCUAGGGUUAGAGUAUCUGUACAUAUCCUUCAAGAGAGAUAUGUAAAGAAAAAAAAAUGGUUCAUUUCUCGUAGGCCGAAGGAAUGCGUGCUGUAGUUGAAUGAGCUCAGAGCAGUUAGGCUUACAUCCACUAGUACAAUCUGCUCUAGCAUAAGAGACAGAGGAACCCAAAAUCAAAAACAGUUCUGGAUCGCUCUGCAUCGGAUUCUUUCCUUGCUUUUAUUUGCCCUUCAUAACAUACCAACAAGGGUGAAUUCGCUGUCAUUUCAUUGUAACUAACUCAUCUUAGUUGUAGUUCUCACCAGCACGACUGUUCCGCUGACACUAAAUGAAUACACUAGGAUAGUUUAAAACUACAUGAUGUUAGGUUUAGAAACUUGAUCAUUUUGAUAUAGUCCCCCCUUUUUAUUAUUAUUUCUUCAUCUCUCUCCCUCUCCCCCCCAUCUUACCUAUCGUAACUAGUCUUCUUGUUAUUUUUAAACAUCUGCGCGUCAUUAUUCAGCCAAUUCAUCUUCCAUUGUGUUUUACAAGAUAAGCGAGUCGACAGACCAGCAACAAAAGCACAUGUACAUAAGAGAUUGAACCAUGUGUUUGGGGAUGCACGUCUCUGUUAAUUAACGCUCCUUGUAAUGGUAUUUUCCUUUGCCAAAAAUUGUCUGGGGGUUAAUGUUAUGUUUUCAGUAAAUAUAAUGUGCUUAAUUUUCUUUUUCUUCAAUGGGGUGUGAUUUUUUUUUAUGAAGGAGUGAUCCAUUUCGAGGAAAAAAUACAAGAGACUUGCAUUUCUUGUGGUUCGUAAUUUUUUCUUUGUCAAUAAUCAUUAUUAAACUUGAUAUAAAGUCAGUAUUCAGUAGAUGUGAGUGCAGUAUUACUGUCUAAUAAUUCUGUAUUUAACACUAGUUUAUGUCUGGAUAUCCAUAGAAGUACUUUGGAAAAGGAAAAUAUUUUGUCGUUUACUAAACACAGAAAAAAAUAUUAUUUUAUAGCUUUCCCUCAAAUAAGAGAGAAAAGCAUACCAUAUAAAUUAUUUAUAUCUCCAUAAGGAAAAUGAAAGUUAUUAUCAUUUUAUCGUUAUUAUGAUUGUGAUCACAUGAUACUUGGAAGGACCACAAUUUAGCCUUUAUUAAGAUUGUAAGAGGAGUACUUGAUCUAGAUUUUUAAUAAAAUCAACCUUUUUUUGGUGGAGUCUUAUUAGUUUAAUACAUGUCAGCACUUGAUUGUAUUUGCGUGAUUUGUGAUAAAAUGAUUCCACGUAA